AUGUCCGGACCGAUAGUCAGUCGUGCGCAGACACCCGGCGGUGAUGUUCAAAUAGGUGUAACUUUGGGUUGUGUUAUUUGUAAUAGGACUGACAAGCUGUUAAGGUGUUCACGGUGCAAGGCCGUCUUUUAUUGUACCAAAGAACAUCAAAGGCGGGAUUGGAAACGUCACAAAGAAUUUUGUGCGACUCAUUCCGUGGAAUCGAUCGUAUCGGAUACUGUUUCGGCUGCUAGUCAAAAUUCUAUUCUGAAAUCCACUAAAAAAGAUUCUUCCGUAAGGAACUGCCAGAAUUCAAUUGUACCAGUGGUUUCUAACCUAAGCGAGAAGUCGGUAUUAGAAACAACGCGAGGAUCGAACACUGCUCCAGAAGUGUAUAAUGACGGGAAACGUCUUGGAGGAACCAACAAACAGAUAGAAAAGAUAAAAGGACAAUCAGAUCGUAAGGAAAGUCAAAAUUCCAAAAGAAAAUCCAAUAACACCAAGACAAAAGGUACUCGUACAAAUAGAGUAGAUGGAUGGACUUCUCCCAUAACCUAUGAAGGAAGUUCUGAAGACACGAUCUUAGGUGCCAGAACAGAAUCAUUGAAUCCUGCCUUAGAAGGUUCAAGAAUCCUAGAUAAGUUACAAAACAAUGAAUUAGAUAUGCCAAUACAACAUCAUAACGGUAUGAAGAACUUUCCAGAGAUUCGUUUAACUCGUGAAGAAGAAUUUCUACCACCUUUCCUUCAUAAAAAUAAAAAUAACCUUGAAGAAUUAAUAGACGAUAUAAGCAAAAAUGUGAUUAGAGACAUGGAUGAAUAUGGUAUGUGUGUGGUAGACAAUUUUCUAGGGACCGAAAAGGGUCUUGCAGUGUUAAACGAAGUUUUAAAUAUGUAUAGUGCUGGAUUAUUUAAGGAUGGACAGUUGGUUUCUAAUAAAGCAGGUGCAAAUGAUUUAAAGACAAUUCGUGGUGAUCAAAUAACGUGGCUUGAUGGAAAAGAAAAACAAUGUCAAAAUAUUGGAAUGCUUAUAUCUCAAGUCGAUGCCGUCAUUAUGAGGGCAAAUAAAAUGUGCAACAAUGGGAAAAUGGGGAACUACAUGAUCAAUGGAAGGACAAAGGUAAGAAUAAAUGAUUUCAUCAGCAAUAGAUGCAUAUUCAAUAUCAUAUAAUUAAUUGUAUUUAUUUUAAUUUAUUUAAUUCAUGGUUUGUGUCAAAUAAAUUGACUGUUAAAGUUCAUGUUUAUAUUAUUUGAACAAUAAGUAGUAAAUUUGAGAUAUAUAUUAAUAUUUGUAAAUAUAUAAAUAUGUUCUUCUAAAUCACUAUACAUUAGAGUUUAUAUUGUAUUUCUAUAUUUUGACAAGCAAUAUCGUUUUUUAUUUCUAAAUUAAUUUCAGAAACAUUGGAAAUAUUUUCUUGGGCAAGAUUUUUAUUUUAUUUUAUUUAUUUAACAUGAUAAAUUUAUUUAAUGCCUAAUUAUACAUAAAACAUAAACAUUCAUCGAAUGUAUAACUGAAUAGUUAUUGAUUUAAAAUAAACUUUGGCAAUAAAAUCUUAUUUUAAAGAUAACAUACAAUUACAUAGACCUUGAAUAUUAAAUGUUUAAACAAAUCGCUUAUGUUUUAGUUUUAAUCUUCUAUAUAAUUGUUACAAUUUAUGAUUUUUGCAAAACAAUUACAUAUUUUACUUAUUAUUGUAAAAAAUAUAUAGUUAUUGUAAAAAUAUAUAGCUAUUACAGCAUACUGUAUUGUGUAAAAAAGAGUAUUUAAGAAAUUAUAUUUACAUAGUUAUAUAUUGUUAGGUGACAGUACAUUAA